GUUGGCGUGUGCGCACGUCAUUUGGAUUUUUACGUUACAAAAUCAAAAUAGACAUCACAAAAAGAGCCAAUAACGUGUAAUUCAAAUAUUGAUAAUACAUUGCAUUAUCAAGAUACACAAGUGCGUUAGCAAGUUUUUAAAUUAGGUUAAAAUAAACCGGUUAAAAUAGGAAGUAGGUACGACAACACAACAGUUCGCGUUGAAGUUAUAUAAAAUUGUUCUUUCGCAGGUAAGCUGGCUUUGUUUGUGUAAAAGAGUUUUGUUUUUAGAAAAAAAAGUGCUUUAUAGUCGACAGUUGAGUGAAAUCGAGUGCAGUUUGCCAGGAUGUCAACCCUGCUGUUCUGGCAGGGUAAGGGCAAGGCCAACGGAUCGCCCAACGCCAGGAACUGGAUCCAUGCACCCGACGCUUUGAUCAAGGGCCAUGUCGCGUAUUUAGUUAAGUUCCUCGGCUGCACACAAGUGGACCAGCCCAAAGGCAUCGAGGUCGUAAAGGACGCGAUAAAGAAGCUCCAGUUCACGCAACAGCUCAAGAAGUCGGAGACCAAAGAUGCUGCCAAGUGCAAGAAGGUGGAGAUUACCGUGUCGGUAGAUGGAGUUGCCAUACAGGAGCCCAGAUCCAACAACGUGAUGUACCAGUUUCCAUUACACCGGAUAUCCUACUGCGCGGACGACAAGGGCGCUAAGAAAUACUUCUCAUUUAUUGCCAAAGGUGGCAGCACAGUCAACGGGGUAAACGGCCACGAUGGCUCCGCCAGCACCGAGAAGCACGAGUGCUUUGUUUUCAUAUCAACCAAACUAGCCUCCGAAAUAACCCUCACUAUUGGCCAAGCCUUCGAUUUGGCUUAUAGGCGGUUCCUGAACGACAACGGCAAGUACAUAGAGAUGCAGAAGCUAACGUUACAGAACAAAAGGCUUGAGUUACAGAUGAACACGUACAAAAAUCGCUUACAGGAGCUCUCAAAAAUAACGUACAAGGACGAUUUGACGGCGUAUCUCGCACGCAACAGUUUAACCGACAUCGCGGAGUUUAAGCCGCCGUUGGAGCUGGAAAAGCAGAUCUCAUCUCUCACUCUUUCAAACGGCUUCAGUGCAAUGAACGGCACCAAGACUCCUGACAUCGGUGCAGACGCUCUCUCAAACAACUCCACGGACACCUUCAACUCCUCGAACGACAACAAUUUGCUGCUGUCCACCCCACCGCCUACACACAAUGGGAAAACUUCCCAAAGUGCAAGCAAAUUCUUGGGUGAUCUGUCAUCCAGCAAAAACCCGACGGUCGGUACCAGAUUGGAAAACUUGCUUCUAAACUCAGACUCGGACAGUGAUUUCGACCCGCGUGCCUUUGAAUCUGAGCCGGUGACUCGUUUCACGUCCCCCGUAGUCGACAACUCGCUCGCACUCGCGUCCACUCCGCCUUUACUGGCACCACCCCCAAAAGCGUCCAAGCGUCAAACUCAACCGCAGCCGCAGCCACAACAUCAACCACCGCAACCGCCGACCCAUACACCGAUCGCGCCCCUCAACGGGAACGAUCUUUUCGGCUCAACACCUUUUUCCCUCCCAAAUCAAAACCAACAGAUGCAAAAUACGUCACCGUUUGCGCCACAGAAUAAACCUAACUACGACAUCAAAGAUUUCAACCUACAAACAUCUGUGUUCAACACCACUUCAUUUACAAACGGGCUAACUGGAUACGAUCCUUUUGAAACGCAAAAGGCGGGAAACUUCAUUGCAAAUGGCUACGGCAAUACUUUUAACGGUUUCGGAAAUCUGAGCGAGAAGCAAACUGUGGAAUUGGACAGCGGUUUUAACGGGUUCUUGGAUAAAACUAUUACGGAGAUGAAGGACGGAUUCAGCAGAGGGAUCAGCUUUGGAAACGAUGAUUUUUCAAUAGAUAAUCUCGAUCCCUUCAAGAAGAAUUAAAAUUUAAAAAAUAUAUCUAUGAAAGGUAGUUAAAAUUUUUGUAAUCUUUGUAUUAGUUCACACAACUUAGUAUAAAUGUAUGCAAUAAAACGUUAUAUUUAAAAAAACACAUUAAUUCGAACUUUAGUAUAGUCGUUGUGUGAAUUGAGUCGAUGGUUCGAAAAAAAA